GCCCACUAACAUUAUCUCUUCCUCUUCGAGAAACCAAACCAAAUUUGCAACUCUCAUAAAGAAGAAGAAGAAGAAGAAGAAGAAGAUACAUGCACCCAAUGGAGAAGAAGAUGAAGAAGGUAGAGCUAGUAUUUGUUUCUAUGCCGGGAGUUGGUCAUCUGGUAUCCACCAUUGAAUUUGCAAAAACCCUGAUCAACAGGUGCGAUCAUCUAUUCAUCACCAUCAUUGUCAUGAAGAUUCCCACCAUUCCAUUUCUCAAUCCAUAUGUUCAAUCAAUCGCUGCAUCUCAACCCAACAUUCACUUCAUCCAUCUUCCCGAUCAAGUGGACGGCCUUCCUCCAUUAACACACGCUGCAAAAUCCAUUCAAAGCUAUUACUGUGCUGUUAUUGACUGCUAUAAACUCUACGUCAAGAAAAUUAUCUCCGAUGUUACGUCGGCCGGCUCCGUUGCUGGGAUAGUUCUUGAUUUGUUCUGUGGUUCACUUGCUGAUAUUGGAUCUGAAUUGAGUAUCCCAUCGUUUGUAUUCUUUACGAGUGGUGCUUUAUUCUUGAGUUUCUUGCUUCAUCUGCCUGCUCGUCAUCAGCUGGUUGGCUCUCAGUUUGCUUACUCUGAUCCUGACAUGUUAGUUCCAGGUUUUGUCAACUUGGUUCCUCCAAGUUCCUUGCCGGAACCUUGUUAUAACGACGUCGGUGGUUACGCUGCUUAUUUGAAGAUUGCUAAGGGGUUGAUGGCUGCUAAAGGGAUAUUGGUUAAUACAUUCACUGAGCUCGAAUCUCAUGCGCUCGAGUCAUUAAACAAUGGCGAGAAGAACCCGAAUGUUUACGCGGUUGGACCAGUGCUACAUCUGAAGAGCCAACCGCAUCCGCAGAUGAACCAUGGUCGAUGGGAGACGAUCAAGAAUUGGCUCGAUCAGCAACCCGAUGAGUCUGUAGUGUUCUUAUGUUUCGGGAGUGCCGGGUUCUUGACUCUGCCCCAAGUGAAUGAAAUGGCUCUCGGUCUUGAACAAAGCGGGCAUAGAUUCCUGUGGUCGUUACGUGUUCCCCCGGCAAAGAACGAAGAAUUUAAGGAUGCAGAAGAGAUGUUGCCGGAGGGAUUCAUGGGGCGGAUACAAGGUAGGGGAAUGGUGUGCGGUUGGGCGCCACAGGUGGAGGUGCUCGCGCACAAGGCGAUCGGAGGAUUCGUGUCUCAUUGCGGAUGGAACUCCGUCUUGGAGAGCUUGUGGUAUGGAGUGCCUACUGCUUCCUUGCCUUUGUAUGCUGAGCAGGCGAUCAAUGCGUUUAUAACGGUGAAGGAACUAGGAUUGGCAGUGAAUCUGAAGAUGGAUUACAGGCCGAACAGGGAUGUUGUAACUGCAGAUGAGGUUAAAAGAGCUCUGUCUUGCGUAAUGGAAGCUGACAGUGAGGUGAGAAAGAAGGUGAAAAAUAUGUCGGAGAUGGCGAGGAAUGCUGUGAAGGAAGGUGGAUCUUCGUUCAGUGCAGUUUCACAAUUCAUUAAUGAUUUAGUUGGCAGUAGCAGCUAAAAAAACUGGAGAUUGCUAGUUUUGUUUCAUCAAUAAAAUGUCUCCUUUGGUCCAUAAAAGAAAGGCCUAAAGCUAAAAUAAAGAAAAAAAUUUAAACAAAACUUCUAAUGUUAUUAAUAUCUCUAUUGGCAUGGUGGUUGUGUUUGACCCGUUCUGAAUAAAUAUGACAUCCAUUUA